AUGGAAGGGCACAACACGUCCUCUAGGGACUUCACCCUCCUGGGGCUGUUCACCAGACAGGACACCUCAGGUCUGCUCUUUGCCACCAUCUCCACCAUCUUCCUCACGGCACUGGUAGCUAAUGGGAUGAUGAUCUUCCUCAUCCACACUGAUUCGCGCCUCCACACCCCCAUGUACUUCCUCCUCAGCCACCUUUCCUUAAUCGACAUGCUGUACAUCUCCACCAUUGUGCCCAAGACGUUGGUAGACUAUCUGCUGGGCCAGAGAACCAUCUCUUUUGUGGGGUGCACAGCUCAGCACUUCCUCUACCUCACCCUCGUGGGGGCCGAGUUCUUCCUACUGGGUCUCAUGGCCUAUGACCGCUACGUGGCCAUCUGCCACCCCCUGAGGUACCCCGUCCUCAUGAGCCGCCGGGUGUGCUGGCUGAUAGUGGCAGGCUCCUGGCUCGGGGGCUCUCUGGACGGCUUCCUCCUCACGCCCAUCACCAUGAGCUUUCCCUUCUGUAGCUCCCGGGAGAUCCACCAUUUCUUCUGUGAGGUGCCCGCUGUGUUGAGCUUGGCCUGCGCGGACACAGCCCUGUUUGAGACAGUGAUGUACGUGUGCUGUGUGCUGAUGCUACUUGUGCCCUUCUCUGUGGUGAUCACUUCCUAUGCCCGCAUCCUGACCACCGUCCACCACAUGCGCUCCGUGGAGGGGAGAAGGAAGGCGUUUGCCACCUGCUCAUCGCACAUGCUCGUGGUGACCCUGUUCUAUGGGGCCGCCAUAUACACCUACAUGCUGCCACCCUCCUACCACACACCGUCCCAGGACAUGGUCUUCUCCGCCUUCUACACCAUCCUCACACCCAUGCUGAACCCGCUCAUCUAUAGCCUGAGAAACAAGGACGUGGCUGGGGCGCUGAGGAGGGCCCUGGGGAGGAUGGGGUCUUCCCAGAGAGGGCCUGGCGAGGCCUUGUGA